CGCUAGCGGAGCACGCGUGUCGCGAAUGGGGUGGUUGGUUGUGACGGGAAGAAAGCAUACUUACCUGGCACAGGGGUUACCGUGAUCACGAAGGCGGUUCCCCCAGGGCGAGGCCUGGCCAUUGCACUCUUGGGCUGGGUUGACCCCUGCGAUUAUCCCUCAUGUGGAUAACUCGUGUGCGCAAUUUUUGGUAGCCGGGAAGUGCGUCCGCGCACAUCCCGAUUUCAUUUCAAUAAAAACCCUUAAAAGAACUUAAUAAGUGUGUGAAUAUUUUGUAUACGUGGUGAAGAAUUCAUUGAAGUGUCAUGUACGAAUAUUCGAAUAAAACGUAGACUGUAGUUCAUGAAUGACACCUAUACAGAUUAUAGGACCAGAAAAGCCUUGAUGGAAAGUUCCAGUACGCCAACAGCGAAGUAUCGAAUCCAGCGUUCUUAUCGCGUGUACGUUCAGAGCGAAGUAUCAUACCGCCGCACGCACACACACAUGGCCUGCAAGUAGCUUAAUCUACAAGACUAGACUGGUACCAGCAACGGGUAAAGCUUUUCACGAGCGCAUUCAACGCAACGCUGCCAACAGAAUGGGAAAACUCGACGCUUUCGCAUUUUCCGAUGGGAGGAGCCAACAGUCGGUUCAUGUUCUUUGUUCCGUUUAUGCUCAGCGCACAGUCAAACCAAGUCAACGUGCUCACACAUCCGAUGGGAGUGAGAUAGUUUUCAUUGAACCGAACAUCAUCAAUGACAGUUCUAGGCAAAACAAACAAAUUCCUCUUGAGUGUUUUUUUUUCUCUCUUCUCGAAUCCACCAUAAACAUCGAAUGAAAUGAGGAAAGUAAAAGGCGAACGACCAAGAAAACAUGUAAAACGACUCCUGAUCUCUUGCUACUGAAUGGUGGCAGCAGCUGCCUGAUGUGUAACAGCGGUUACCACGGCAACCAUGGGUCUGUGUGAGAGUUCGAAGGAUCGAUGUAAGGACAACAUUACGGGCAAUGUAUGAAUUUUCCGAGAUAGAAAACGGCAAACCUCUAGUUGUCCCGUUUUAGCUCAAUGUCCGACACACGGCCCAGCCGGGGCAUCAUGAUCAUCCUGGCAUGCCGUGAAAAUCUUGCACUACCUUGCUCACUUUUCCGGAGCACUCGCCCGCUUGACGUCUCGUUCGCACGCGUGUUCCGUGUGCGCACACGCAGCUCGACGCACUCGGGGUAGCGCCUGCGACUGUCACGCUUUUCCGACGCGAACGGUGAUCAGUACGAUCGUGCUUUUCCGCGGCGAAGGUAUCGGGCCCUCCCCCAUCUGGGUUGCGUACGUGAUCGAGUGUGUGUGUGUGUGAGUGUGUGCACUUUAGUCGGAGUUCGCGCUCCUUACCAAUUUCCAAGAAUUCAACCUGCCGACAGGUCGCCGCAAUGCGUGGUGGUUAGUGAAAGGUUCGCGCAGGAAGAAUCUUCCGUUUGGUGGUUAAAACCAGUGUGAUGACAAAGUUUAACCGUACGGUUGGCCGGAAGUCGGCGGUUAAGAGCGAGCUGGCAGGCUUCAAGCAAGGGUACGAAGUGGACCAUCGUUCCUUCGGCGAACUCAUGCCUACCGGUGCCGGUACAGCGAUGGCGUCGGUGAUGCACGGCGGCAAAGCGAAUGGUGGCCACUGUGCUGUGAAUGGUGCGAUACACGGUGUGCAAAAAAGUGUUCACUCCCUGCAGGGUGGGAUGGUAGCGGGUGGUGGUGGUUGUAAUAUUAAUAAUGGGGGUAGUGGUGGUGGUGGUGGUGGUGGUUACUUACAUGAUCUUAGUGCAGAGCAAAAGCUGAAACUCAACAUCCAGCAACUUCACAUCCGACAGAAACAGCUGCAGCUGACCGACUACGAUGACAACAGUCUCAGCUCGGAGGAGCAUGUCCUGGCACCGGCUGCCGGCUGCAUGGCCAGUCCGAACCGGCCGUGCCUAACGUGGGCCUGCAAGGCGUGCAAGAAGAAGAGCGUUGCGGUUGAUCGCCGGAAAGCGGCCACCCUUCGCGAGCGGCGUCGGUUGCGGAAGGUCAACGAAGCAUUCGAAGUGUUGAAGCGGCGAACCAGCACGAACCCAAACCAAAGGCUCCCGAAGGUGGAAAUCCUACGGAACGCCAUCGAGUACAUCGACAGUCUUCAGGCGCUUCUCGAUGAGACACCACCACUGCACCAAAGCUCGGACAUCCUCCCGAACGGCACCAAUGCAGCUCUUUCAACGCCCCAGGACUACAUGAACUGCUGCUCCAACAGUUACCUGCGCGAACGCUUAGGACAACUGGGAAAGGACAACGACCGGUACUCACCCUUGACAGGGUACAAUCAAACAUCCACCUCCGCAUCUGUGGCCGGUUCUAGCCUGGACUGUCUGAACCUGAUUGUGCAGAGUAUCAGCAACGCCCCGCAGCCAUCCCAGCAGCUGCUGCCACAAACAGCCUCCCUGUCCGCGCACACGCCACCAGCGAACGUUCCCACCACACAUCUGAACGGUGGCACAUCUUCCGGCAGCGAUGGAUCUCAGAUACAGCACCAGCAACACCAGCACCAGCAUCAACACCAUUCGCUGCUGUACGGGUCGUUCUGUUCGCCCUCUCCAGCAUCCUCAUCGUCCUCUUCGUCCUCCUCCUCUUCGUCCACCUCAUCCUCGUCAUCGUCGAUUUCUUCCGCAUCCUCCUCGCCCAUGUCACCGGUGGUGCUGGCCGGAGCGCAUCAUCCGCACGGGACCAUGGGAAGCAACCGAACCGUGGCACCACCGACGACAUCCGUUGCACUCCCUUAGCUCGUCGCUCCGGCACAGCGAAAAUGCAAAAGUCUUUAAUUAGUUGUACAUACUUGCUUAAGUGAAGGCGCACAGACCCACACAGACCCGCAACAAUGGGGUGCUGGCGUUCGUGUGCCGUGUAUGAAAAGAGGUAUUAUUAGUGUAACAAUCCUUAAGUAUCCUAGCCUAGCGUACCGAGAGCCGCGAAAGCGCACUAAAUUAGGCGACGAAUAAAUCAUAACCUUUCAAAUGCAGAA